AACUUUACCGACAAUUAACACUAGCAGUAUCGAAUCCAACAAAUGUAAUUCAAGAACAGUGAAAAAAGUAUGUGAAGUGGACCCGUUUUAUCCAAAAAAGAGCAAUGGAGAGCUUUUGCAACCUGAAGACUUGGUUCAUUUUGUUAUAGUGUAUUCAAAAUCCAACUACACCGAAGUUGAAAGCUUUAAAAUGUGGUUCCAAGGCCUUAUAGGAGAUAAUCGUGGAACUAUGGUCAAACUCUAUGAUAGUGAAGAGUUUCCAGCUGAUGUAGUGCAAUCAGUAAAAGAAAUUUACAACAGAGCCAUUUUUGUCUUAUUCUACCUCACAGUAGAAUUUACUGAGGAUCAUUUAUCAUCUUUCUUAAAUGAAGAAGGAAUGGGUCAAACGAAACUCACUUAUGCAGCUAUUCGCCAAGAACACAAGUAUUCAUAUCUUGCACAUGGACACAAACAAGAUUGUAGACGACCAAUUCAGACUAUGCCCCCAGGAAGCUAUGAAACUCCAGUUGGAUUAACCACUGUCAAAUCAAUUGAUUAUUUCAACUUUAAAUACCAAAAGGAACACCUGGAAAAGAGUUUGAAAGAACUAGGGGAAACUGCUAGAAAAAGGUUCGAGGACAGAAAGAGAGCUAUGUUUAAAUGCCUAUAUCCUGAGAAUGAGAACGAUUAUUUGUCAAGUACACCUAAACAUGCAUCGUCUUCUUUACAGACAUCAGCUGUGUCUUCGUCAUCUGAAGACAAAUCAAACAAUGAAGAUAACAAGCAGUCAGAAAUCAAUGAAGGCAAGCUUGACACACUGGUAGGACAACCCGAAAUUGUUUCUUUAACUCCUUGUCUUGCUGGAUACCUUGAGCUGUGCAGUAGCAGCAGAUACCUGCUUUACCUAUACCAGAAGAAUAAUAUCCAAAUUCUAUGGGUGACUGGCAAUUGAGUUGCAGUUUCACAAAGACUUUCCCUUGUAGAAUAUGACCUGUAUAAAAAGUAAAACAAAACCAAAUUAAUAUCAAUACAGAAAACAAAUUUUUGUUAUGAUUUCACACUUGUUUAAUCACUUUAUUCAAGACGAUUUUAAUUUGUAUCAUUAUGUGCUUGAAUAUAUGACAGAUGCUAAAACAUAAGAAGAUAGUAUUUCUGCAGGCUGUUUGGCAUGAUG